CAGUACAUGAGGGGCCUCUCAGAAGGCGCAGCCGCCAAUUACUUCCCGCUGGGCACAGCCCCGGCCGUACCCCUGGUCUCCCGGGUUUCCAAAGUGAGCAUCCCGCCUUUCAGACAGAGCCCUUGUGGGUCGAGAAGCAGCAGCCGGUACUCGAGCACCGAGACCCUGAAGGAAGAGGACCACUUUGGGCCCUACUGGCCCAGCCAAAGCCGGAGCAUCCAGGGUGGCCUUGGCAUGUACAGAUCCCCCAGCUUUGGCCACAGCGACAACCUGGCCAGAUUGCAGCAGCAGGUCCGGGUGCGUCCAAAGCUGCCCACGGGCAUUGGCAAAGUGAAACAGGACCUGUCCAGUGAGACUCUGCUCCACUGUGGAGUCGAGGUCGAGCGAGCCAAGCACAGGAAAUCCAUGUCCAACCCUGACAUAGCCACUGAGACCCUGUCUCUCCUCAGCUUCCUGAAAUCCGAUCUCUCCGAGCUGAAGGUGAGGAAGAAAGGUGGCGGGGUCAGUGACCAAGAAGAAGGGGCUGUUAGCAGUGGCAGGAGUGAGAGUUACCGGAGCCCAGUUGAACCCCAAGUGGGAGGCAGAGGCCGAAGUGAGGCACAAAUCCCCAACCGUUGGGCGCUAGGCAACCGCCCAACUCUCAAAGACCUCACUGCGACCUUACGCCGGGCCAAGUCAUUCACCUAUUCUGACAAACCAGCGCCACGCAGGCUCUUCCUCCAGAGCUCCAUGAAGCAGAGCUCUUCAGAGCUUCUCCUGGCCAGUAACAGCGACCAUGACAGCGUGGUGUCCGACGGGGACACUGGCCAGACAGCGGAUGUUGAUGGGCUCCCGGUCAUCAUCCAGGAUCAGUAUAUUCAGGAAGCACGGCAAGUCUUUGAGAAGAUAAGUCGGAUCGGCUCCCAGCACGACUACGGCUUUGCAUUGGAGAAGGACAGCGCAAGUGCAAAGGGUGUGGCGGAGUUUACAGACAGCCAGAAGGAAGCCAACCCGGCCCUUCUGGGGAGCAGAGAGCAAGAGCAGUGUCUUAGGAAAGUAGAGUCCGAAGAAAACCUCUCUGGUGGGAAGUCCAUGGAGGAGCUCUCGGGUCAUGAGUCUAGCAUGACGGAUGAAGGCAUCGUGACAGAGCCCGACAUGGGACUCACCAGCGCAGCCUACAGGGAUCUCUGUCAGGCUGUCACGGCGUGGACACCAACCAACGCCGGCCAAGGGGAGAGGGACACCGAUCGAGUGAACAGCAAAGAGCUUCCCCUGUCUGGGCUCGCAGCUAGAAUGAAUCAUGAGGGCUCUGUUGUCAAUGAUACCCUUCCUGGUAAAGCCAUGGCCCCAGGGACUCUAGAGGCACCUCUGACUCCAACCACUCCACGGCGCCGAAGGAAGUUUCCCUCCGUUGGCAACAAUGGGUCUGAUUCCAGCAAUGGGGAAUCCAGUGGCGAAGCCUACAGAUCCCUGAGUGACCCCAUGCCCCAGAGGAGGUGCUCCAUCACGGAAGAGACUGAGAGCUUCUUGGUGGACAGUAAUCUCUUAGGGUCUCUGAAUUCCAAGGCUGGCGCCCCGGAGCCGUUGGCCAUGGCUCUGUCUGAGUGCACCGGGAGUGCUGCCAGCGACCUGUCCGUCUGUAGCGAUGGCAUCAAGGAUUACAACACCGUGAUCCAGAACAUCGUUAGCCAGCCUGGUGCCAUGGACAAGGUGAUUGAUGAGAGGGGAAAUGGAAAGACAAUCAAGAAGAAAUCGUUUAGUGACCCCAGCCGUCGCAGCGAGUUGGCCAGCGCCGGCUUUGAGGGCCCUGGAGAGCCCAUCAGUGAGAUGGACCAGACCAUCCCACCUUCCAGCAGCGAACCCAUCCUCUCCGAGCAAAGGGACGAGGUGGGGGAGCUGGAGGAAUCAGGCCAGGAGGUUGGGAAGCUGGGCUCUCCAUCUCAGCAUGUCCUACCUGCACAGCCAGAAGGCAACAAUGCAGGAGAGUCCGCACCAAACUAUAGCUUUGACCCCAAGCUGGCAGAAGUCCUGUCCCGCCGGAUCAUCAGGCGCAGUUCCAAGAAACGCACCAACCGGGUGACUCACCAGGAGAAUCAUGAGGCUGCCUCCUUUGCCACGACUCCUGCUGCUACUUUAAGUCGGUUAAGGCCUGCAUCCAAGCAUGUCCGGCAUACCAGCGAGCCUGCAGCCUUCAUCCCCAUCUCAGCCCCAGAGCUCAAUCAAAACAUCCAUGUAACUGUGCCAGAAUCUUCACCUCUCCCCAUCAAAUCCUACCCUGUAGGCCAAGCUCCAUCCUUGGAGGAUGUCACCAAGCAAUACAUGUUGACUCUUAACUCCGUGGACUCAUCUUCUGGUGGUACUGUGGAUAUGCCCAGGUCUUCCCCUGCGACACCAACUACUUCGGAGCCCAAGCUACUGAGAUGUUCAAAGCAGCAGGAGGAACACAGCCCUAGCAGCACCAAGAACAAGCCUCAAGUGGACAUGCGGAAACAUGUCACCCUGACGCUCCUGGAUACCGAGCAGUCCUACGUGGAGUCGCUCCGCACCCUGAUGCUGGGUUACAUGAAGCCCUUGAAGCAGCCAGAAAACUCGAUCCUCUGUGAUCCGUCCUUGGUGGACGAGAUAUUCGACCAGAUCCCCGAGUUGCUGGAGCACCACGAGCAAUUCCUGGAGCAGGUCCACAACUGUGUGCAGAACUGGCAUGAGAAGCAGAAAGUGGGCGACGUCCUGGUACAGUCUUUUUCCAAGGACAUCCUGGUGAACAUUUAUUCGGCGUACAUCGAUAACUUCCUCAAUGCCAAGGAUGCUGUGAGAGUAGCCAAGGAAGCCAGGCCGGCCUUUAUGAAAUUCCUGGAGCAAAGCAUGCGGGAGAACAAAGAGAAGCAAGCGCUGUCGGACCUCAUGAUCAAGCCUGUGCAGAGGAUCCCGCGUUAUGAGCUGCUCGUGAAGGACCUCCUGAAGCACACGCCCGAGGACCACCCCGACCACCCCUACCUCAUCGACGCCCAAAGGAACAUCAAGCAAGUGGCCGAGAAGAUAAACAAAGGGAUGAAGAGCGCCGAGGAGGUGGAGCGGAACGCCAGGAUCGUACAGGAGAUCGAGUCCCACAUUGAAGGGAUGGAGGAUCUCCAAGCCCCGCUCCGGAGGUUCCUGCGCCAGGAGAUGGUGGUGGAAGUGAAGGCAGUGGGUGGGAAGAAGGACCGCUCGCUCUUCCUCUUCACGGACCUCCUCGUUUGCACCACCCUGAAGCGCAAGUCGGGGUCUCUGCGCCGCAGCUCCAUGAGUCUUUACACGGCCGCCAGUGUUAUAGACACAGCCAGCAAGUACAAACUGCUCUGGAAAUUGCCCUUGGAGGAUGUGGACAUUGUGAAAGGGGCCUCCCAGUCCACCAACCGCGAGAGCAUCCAGAAGACGAUCUGCCGCCUGGACGAGGACCUGAGCACUCUGGGCCAAGUCAGCAAGCUCUCUGAGACCCUCAGCUUCCCCCACCAGAGCCUGGAUGAUGUCAUCAAAGACCUGAUGGCAGCCAUCCACCGGGAGCUGGCGGAGAAGCAGUCCCUCUCCUUCAGCAUGUCCUUCCCACCCAACAAGGUGGAGCUCACCACCACCAAAGCCGACGGCACCGAGUCCUUCAUCUUCGAGUUCCCCAACCCCGACGCGCGGCACAGCUUUGAGCACGCCUUCGAGGACACCAAGAAGAAACUGGCCUCCCACAAAAAUUGCCUGGACCCGGAGUUCCUGAAGGCGAUCCCUAUCAUGAAGACACGCAGUGGGAUGCAAUUCUCUUGUGCUUCUCCCAGUCACAGCAGCCCCGAGAACGCCUACGAGGUGUGGGUGUGUAACAGCGAUGGCUACGUGGGGCAGGUCUGCCUUCUCAGCAUCAAGAAGGAGCCCUCGGUGGAGGCCUGCAUCGCCGUGUGCUCGGCCAGGAUCCUCUGCAUCGCUGCUGUGCCAGGCCUCAAGAGGAGCUACAGGGAGCGUCCCGAGUCCCUGGUGAGUCCGACCUCCGAGCCAGCUCCUUCAGCGCUGGACGACUCCGGGCCCCAGCAGUGCCUGCACAUCUCCAUCUCCGGCUCCUCCAUAGAGCUCUCCGAGCCCAUGGACAGCGCUAACAGGGAGCUGAUGCCUUUUGACAGCGAUGACACAGACGACGAGUCCUCUCCAAGCCCGUCAGGCACCCUCCAGAGCCAGGCCAGCCACUCCACCAUCUCCUCCAGCUUUGGAAAUGAAGAGCUCCCCAGCUCCAAAGAUGUGGCUGCUGAGACGACCAGCUCGGAGGAGGAGCAAGAACCAGGCUUCCUUCCCAUCUCCAACACCUUCAGCCAGAACAGGAACAGCGAGAGCCCCGUGGAUGGGCGGGCGAUGAGGCGGUCGAGCCGAGGGUCCUUCACCAGGGGAAGCUUGGAGGACCUGCUGAGCAUCGACCCCGAGGCCUAUCAGAGCUCAAUGUGGCUGGGCACAGAGGAUGGCUGCAUCCACGUGUACCAAUCCUCGGACAACAUCCGCAACCGGAAAAACAGCAUGAAGAUGCAGCACUCGGCCUCCGUCAUGUGCAUCUUGUAUCUGGACAACCAGGUCUUCGUGUCCCUGGCAAACGGAGAACUCCUCGUCUACCAGAGAGAGGCAGGACACUUCUGGGACCCCCAGAACUCCAAGUCACUGUCCAUUGGCUCCCCAGGCAGCCCUGUCACUAAGAUGGUGUCGGUGGCCAGCAAGCUGUGGUGUGGGUGUCAGAACCGAGUCAUCAUCCUCAACACAGCCACGCUGCUGCAAGAGCACAUGUUCCAUAUUGGGCAGGACAGCAACCGCAGCGUGACCUGCAUGGUGAGCUGCAGCCCGGGGAUCUGGAUCGCGCUCCAGAGCAGCGCCCAGGUGAGGCUGUACCACGCCACAAGCUACGAGCAGCUGGCUGAAGUCGAUAUCACGCCCCUGGUCCACAAAAUGUUAGCAGGUUCAGAUGCCAUUAUCCGCCAGCACAAGGCUGCCUGCUUGCGGAUCACCGCCCUGCUGGCUUGCAAGGACUUGCUCUGGAUUGGCACCAGUGCCGGGGUGGUGCUGACUCUGUCCCUAACGGCCAACACCACUUCCUUAAAGAUGCCCCUGACGCCAGUGGGUUUGUCCCAGGGACACACGGGCCACGUGCGCUUCCUCACCUCCAUCGAACUGCCCGACGGCUUUGAUAUCCUCUUUCCGCUGCCGAGGGAUCCAGGUACCGAGAAGCAGAGCGACACAGAAAAGAGAGAUGUGGCCAGGCACAGGUCCUCCAACAUGGUCCACGUCAAGUCCAAGAUGCUGGUGAUCAGCGGCGGGGAUGGCUAUGAGGAUUUCAGACUCACCAACAGCAGUGAGACAGUGGGACGAGACGACAGCACUAACCAUCUCCUCUUGUGGAGGGUCUGAUGCGCAGCUGCACGGGGCCCCGCCGGGGAGAGUGCACCAGCCCCACCCCUGCCUCCUCUUGUUACCAACCACCCCCCAGCCCAUCUCGUCUCCCAUUCCGGAUGAUUUGUGUGUGCCUGGGGCCACGCUCCUCCCAAACACAGCGUCUGCAGCGUGGGGGGAGGAACACGUUCGACAAACGCCCGCUGGCGCAGCCCGCAUUUCCACCAGGGCGUGUGUGGACGGGGCGCCUGGAUGUGCAGAUGGCUGUGGCGCUGUUUGGAAGCAUCCAGGUGAAAGAAGAGGGCUUAGAGGAGAGAAUUCAGCGUUCGCGCCGUCAGCAAGGGGCCUUUCUUCUGGGUGUUGUGCUUCGAUCAGCCUGCGGUUCCAAAUCCGGGCACUUGGGAGCGGAAGAGCCGCCUCUGCCUGAGCUCGCCCGGGGAUGGCACCUGCCCAUUAUCUUGCUCUGUCUCUUGUCCACCCAGCCAUGCAGAAUCGGAAACCCUAGACAUUCACUUCCCUGAGAUCCCCGCACACAAGACAGUGCUCCCAGCUCCUUAGCA